UUGUUUAUAAGUGGUUUAAGUGCUCGUGCUGGCAGUCAGCAGCCGAAGCGCUGCUAGUGUUGCGUUGUUGAAGAUUAGUUGUUGAUGGUUGAGAAGUGUGUAUUUUUUUGUGUGAAAUAUGAAUGAACGUGCAUUAUUAGUUUGGCAAGUACUUAUUGCUGUUUGUAGCACUUGAAUUUAGACGAUGUCUCUACAGUUGGCCACGAAGGAAUCGGGACACUAUACCGAGGAACAGAUACGCUCUGCUUACAAUGAACUGCAGAAAGAGGAAGAAAAAAUUAAUGAUCAGUUGGGAACACUUCUAGCCAGGCAAUGCCACCUUGAAGCAAAACUGAGAGGAAUUUCAAAAGCACUGCCAAACCUUCAGAUAGUUCAUUCUGAUGCUAAGCAGUUAGUGGAGAUGAUAAGCUUUACUUCAACACUUGCAGAGAAUGUGAGUGCCAAAGUCCGCCAGUUGGACUUAGCAAGGAGCCGGGCAUCAGAGUGCCAGCAAAGGGUGCAUGAUUUAUUGGACCUGCAAUUAUGUAGCAAUGGUGUGCAAGCAGCUCUUCACAAUGAAGACUAUGAAAAGGCUGCAGCUCAUAUACACAGAUUUCUUUCCAUGGAUGAAACUUUGGUGCAGCAAACAGCUGAUGAUGUUGCUGAAGAUUGCACUAAUGUCACAAAUUCUUUCAAAUUACUGCAAGAAGCAGCCUCUAAAUUGAGAGUAAUUGUAACCCAAAAAUUUGAUGAAUCGGUAAGAUCAGAAGAUUUAGCAUCUGUUGAAAGAUUUUUCAAGAUAUUUCCAUUACUGGGAAUGCAUGAAGAGGGAUUAGGGAAAUUUUCACUUUACUUGUGUUCAAAGUUGCAGGAGACAGCACAGAAGAAUUUAAGAGCAGCUUUUGAAACGGCAGUAUCUGACAAGAGAGCUAAUGUUAUAUAUGCAGACACUUUGACUCUUUUAUUUGAAGGCAUAGCACGUGUUAUUGAAAUUCACCAACCUUUGGUGGAAACAUAUUAUGGUCCAGGAAAACUUCUCACUGUGGUGACAUACCUGCAGCGUGAAUGUGACAGGCAAACUAAACAUGUGAUAACUGAGUUCAGCAGAUCUCGUCAUUUAGAGAGGAAAAUACAGCAAGUAAAUGACCUCAUGAGGAGUAGCAUUGGUGGCACCAGCAGCAAUAUAUACAGUAAAUCGCCAGAGAAAUUAGAUCCGAAAGAUUUGGAUCUCUUAUUGGGAGAACUGACCAUCAUGCAUUCAAGGGCAGAACUUUAUGUUCGUUUCAUAAGACGGAGAGUUCUUAAUGAUUUGGAGGUUGGGCUCCAAAAACCAGAGUCUCGUGUUGCAAUGGUUGGAGAACUUGAAGCAAUGCUGAAAGGAAGUGAACUUUCACACCGCAUGCAAGAGCUGCUUGGCAACUACUUGCUGUUAGAAAGAUAUUUUAUGGAGGAAAGUGUUAAGAAAGCAGUUGCUAUGGACAUUGUAGAGGAUGGUUCAAUAACAUCCAGUAUGGUGGAUGAUGUUUUCUUCAUAGUAAGGAAAUGCAUAAGGCGAGCCAGCUCCAGCUCGAGCAUAGAUGGUGUAUGUGCAGUUAUAAAUAAUGCAUGUGGACUGCUGGAAAUGGACUACUGUUCUGUACUAAGACAGCAGCUACGGCAAGGCUACCCUUCAGGCUACCUUGAUCUUACACAGGCAUAUAAUGUUUUGCACACAAGCAUACAGCAUGGCCGACUUCAAGCUUCUGACUCAGAACAAGCAAGAGUUCUGUUCCUGGCUUACCUGAAUAAUGCAGAUGUCAGUACAGAGUACAUAGAUACCUUGCGUCAGAGUUUGACUGAAGAGAUCCCGGGAAUGUUAAAUAUGACUGAAAAUGAAUUUGCGAAACUUGAGAGCUGUCUUUCUGGACUGUCUUCAGUCAAUGGAAGUCUGAGAUCAGUAAUAGAAUAUGGAAUGCAACAGCUAAAGGCGAGUGCUAUAAAACCUCGCAUAAAUCCUUGGAUUGACUCAUUUCUCUCCGUCGGUCACCAGCUGUCUGAGGAAGAAUUUUCUACCUAUGAUGCUAAUGAGCCAUUCAUCCAAAACUUAAUAAUGAAUUUAGAUGGCUUCUUAAAGUCUUUUAAAUCCAGCGUUACCCAAAAUAAUUAUGAUGUUCUCGUAAGCAUUCUAACAACUGAAGUGACAUCUCACCUAGAAAAAGUUGUGCUGAAAUCAACAUUCAACAGGUUGGGAGGUCUGGUGUUUGACAAAGAAGUUCGCACGCUUGUUAGCUACCUUACAAGUACGACAUCUUGGUCUAUCAGAGACAGGUUUGCACGUCUUACCCAAAUAGCAACAGUGUUAAAUCUUGAGCGAGUUUCAGAAAUCUUGGAUUAUUGGGGGAGUAACUCAGGUCCUCUGACCUGGAGAUUGACUCCUACAGAAGUUCGGCAGAUACUAAGUCUCAGAGAUCUAGUGCCACAUGCUUCUGGAAACCUACUGAGGACUUGUCAAAUCCUAGCCACAGAGAAUUGCUGCUCUAGUGCAUUCCAGAAGUAGACCAACACCUUAUUACGCAGGUGGUCAUAUGUUUUGGCUCAUCACUGAAUGUUACC